AUGGAAGCUGACAGUGAUAAUGAAGAACCAAUGAUUUGCGCCAUUUGCAAUGAUAGAGCUACGGGCUUGCAUUAUGGCAUCAUCACAUGUGAAGGAUGCAAAGGUUUCUUUAAGCGCACAGUGCAAAACAAACGGGUGUACACAUGUGUUGCAAGUGGCAAUUGUGAAAUCAACAAGAUGCAACGAAAUCGCUGCCAAUAUUGUCGUUUCAAGAAAUGUUUGCAGAUGGGAAUGGUCCUGGCAGCUGUACGAGAAGAUCGGAUGCCUGGAGGACGAAAUUCUGGGGCAGUUUAUAAUCUCUAUAAGGUUAAGUACAAAAAGCACAAAAGGAAGAAGCAGGUUGCCAAGCUGUACAAGCAAAAAGUGGCACAAAUUAGCGUUGACCAGGAUAUGAAUAUCAAGACAGAACCUGUGGAUAUUAAGAGCCAAAUGAAGAUACCACUCGAAUCCCCAUCAUCUGUUAUGAGCCCACGACGAACAACCAUUGUUGCCCAAUACAAUCCAGUUGCUGCAUUUUCUCAACAGCAACCACCACUACAACAUCAACAACAACAGCAACAACCACAACAACAACAGAGACUACCACUACCAGCACCAGUACCACCUCCCCCACAGCAUCAGCAAGAGAACCAGCAGCAACAUUGCCAAGAAGACAUCAAAGGAAGCCAGUUUCAGUACCAAAAUGACCACUCAAAAUCCAUAGGGUCACGGCCACAACCAGGAAAACCACCGCCUACACAGCCCCAGCCACCAUCCACACAGUUGCUGUCACUGAUGCCAGUUUCAACAAUGCCCCAAUUUGAGAAACUUAUUAACGAACUCAUCCAAUGUGACUGUUUGCUGGACAUUGCUGAUGCUUGCAAAUUGGAUGAGCUUGUCAACGAUGACAUUGUGUCAAACACGCUGUACAAAAUUGGUGACAACAUUGUCAACAAACUAGUGAAAUGGACGCGGCAGCUGCCAUUCUACAGUGAGAUCCCACUGCAAAUCCAUCAGCAAAUCCUGACCGAGAAAUGGCACGAGCUGCUCUUACUCAUCACCACAGCACAUCGGGCACUGGUCAAUACUGGACGGACAACAAUGUCUUUUGGGGAACUUUACCGGUGGAACAUGUCAAAACUGGCUCAGUACUUGAACAAGAACUUUGAAAAAUACUUCACCCUGGAAGAGUUGACCAAUGAGAUUGGAGAGAUUGUCGAAAAAAUUACACAUGUGAUGGCCGCUUUUAUGAAUAUGAAUUUGUCCAAGCAAGAAUACGUCUGUUUACAAGUUGUGCUGCUGCUAAAUCACAACCAGACAAUGCCGGUGAAAGAGGUGGAGAGGGUCCAAGAUAGAUAUACAAAUGCAUUGCAACAGUAUAUCGCUGUUCAUCACCCUGACGAACCCAACCGAUUUGGAGAGUUGUUGCUACGGUUACCUGAAAUUCAGUCUGCCUCUGCACUACUGCUGAAGAGCAAGAUGAUUUAUGUCCCCUUCCUGCUAACGUCCUAG